CUAGAAGACCUAGAGCCUCUGCUGUGGAGAGAAAACCAAGUCAACCCCAGGCUCGCGAGGGUAGGGGGAGAAAGUCGAGCGCUCGGCCACCUCGGUUGGAGGAUGAGCCGGGAUCGCCUAAGAUGAAGAAAGGGACAGAGGGUAAGAGGAGACAAUCUAUGAAAGGCAAGAAGUUAGUCAGUAAAGCAAGAAAAUUUGGAUCACAUAAGGGCGGGAAAAUGCAAGGAAAAUACGCUGCUAAACGGAGAAGAGACUUGGGAAACAGGAAAAAAACUAGAAAAUCCCCAUCUCGUAAGCCUUCUCUCGACGAUAAUGUGAACAGAAACCCCGGAUCACAUAAUAAAGGGACAGAGGGUAAAAGGAGACAAUCUAUGAUAGGCAAGAUGUUAGUCAGUAAAGCAAGAGAAUAUGGAUCACAUAAGGCGGGGAAAUGCUAGGAAAGUACGCUCCUAAACAGACAAGAGACUUGGGAAACAAUAAAAAAACUAGAAAAUCCCCAUCUCGUAAGCCUUCGCUCGACGAUAAUGUGAACAGAAACCCCGGAUCACAUAAUAAAGGGACAAAGGGUAAAAGGAAACAAUCUAAGAUAGGCAAUAGGUUAGCCAGUUUAACCAGAAAAUAUGGAUCGCAAAACGUCGUGAAAAUGCUAAAAUUGCCCGCCGCUGAACUAAGAAAGUUCGAAAGAAAUAAAAAGACUAUAAAAUCCCGAUCUCGUGAGCCUUACACUUUGAUCCCUUCGCUCGACGAAGGUGUGAACAGAAACCCCGGAUCACAUCAGAAUAAAGGGACAGAUGGUAAAAAGAAGCAAUAUAUGAUAGGCGAGAAGUUAGUCAGUAAAGCAAGAAAACUUGAAUCACAUAAGGGCGGGAAAAUGCUAGGAAAGUACGCCGCCAAACUAAGAAAAGACUUUGAAAACAAUAAAAAAACUAGAAAAUCCCCAUCUCGUAAGCCUUCGCUCGACGAUAAUGUGAACAGAAACCCCGGAUCACAUAAUAAAGGGACAGAGGGUAAAAGGAGACAAUCUAUGAUAGGCAAGAUGUUAGUCAGUAAAGCAAGAGAAUAUGGAUCACAUAAGGGCGGGGAAAUGCUAGGAAAGUACGCUCCUAAACAGACAAGAGACUUUGGAAACAAUAAAAAAACUAGAAAAUCCCCAUCUCGUAAGCCUUCGCUCGACGAUAAUGUGAACAGAAACCCCGGAUCACAUCAGAAUAAAGGGACAGAGGGUAAAAGGAAACGAUCUAAGAUAAGCAAGACGGUAACCAGUGAAGUAAGAAAGUAUGGAUCAUCUAAGUUCGGGGAAAUGCUAGGAAAGUACGGUCCGUAUAAAAGUUUGACUGACCCUAAGACGAAAUAUCAGAGGAAAAGCAUCAGGAAUUGAGAAGCCAAAGAAAAGGAUGGGAAAAGCCAAAGUGUCAAGCAGUAAAGCAAGAAAAUCUGGAUCAUCUAAGGGCGGGAAAACGCGGGGAAAGAACGCCGCUGAACCUGCAAGAAACUUGGAAAGGAAGAAAAAAAACUAGAAAAUCCCGAUCUCGUAAGCCCUACACCGAUCCAUCCGCUCGACGAUGAUGUGAACAGAAACCCCGAAUCACAUAAGAAUAAAGGGACAGGGUAAAAGUAGACAAUAUGGUAAGCCAAGAGGCAAGUCAGAGCGGCAAGAAAACCUGGAUUAUCUAAGAAAAAACAAAAGAUUCGUACCGAAAUAUAUGGGCAUAUUUGCCAAAAAAAAAAAAAAAAAAA